AUGCUCCAUACCGGCGCAGCGCAAGCCGGCGAUGCAUCCCAAGCCCGACAGCACCAGCACCCUCACCAGCAGCGACCCUACCAUGACCGCUUCGACCUGACACGUGCCCCCUCGCCCGGCGGAGAUUCAAUCUUGACUGUCCGCAUCCCUGGCCACCAGAACCAACACCAAGAUGACCCUAGUCGCAGGGUCAGUCUUCUCCACGAUCGGGGUCCAAGCGACUCUUCACAGUGGUCGCAUACUGAACAACACGGACAUGGCUUGGCCAACCUGAAUCGAUGGUCUCAUUCGACCGCCUCCAGUGUUGCAUCCAUUGACACCCCACCGACCGCCAUCAAGUCGCAGCCCCAUACCAAUCCAUCCAGCCACGGUUUCCAUACAGGCUCAAUAUGGGCUCGCCGCAAUCUCCCUGAUACUCAAAUGUCUCCAGAGGAUGUAUCACCACGAUCAAUUGCCUACCAGCGCCCUCAACCCAUGCAGAGCCCCGAGUACCAUCGCCGCCGUGUGCCUCGUUUUGAGAAGCCCCUGCCACCACGCAUGUCAAUUUCAAAUCAUUCUCCCAACGAUGAAGCCCAGUUGACCAGCGCCACCUUCACUCCCACCAGCGCUGGCUUGCUCACCCCCAACAGCUACGUCAACUCGGACUACUUCGGAAGCACUGCCUCUGCUUCAAGCAGCUACGACAAGUCUCCGCAUGCCUUGCCGCCACGCACCUCGUCGCGUCAGAAUGGCUCCAUAUCGAGACAGGACAUCAGCCCUGCCGAGAGUAGUUCGGGUAGAGGAAGAGGUCAGGACAAGAAGAUGAUGCUGUCCAAAGCUUUGGAGAAGGCGAACACUGCCGUUUUAUUGGAUAAUGCCAUGAACUAUGAAGGCGCCUUAGACGCAUACCGGGAUGCCUGUCGUUUGCUUGAGAAUGUUUUGGACCGUACAUCCACCCCCGAUGACCGCCGGAAACUUGACGCCAUUCGCGACACUUAUACCAUUCGCAUCGACGAGCUUCUGCAGAUUCAGCUAAACACGCAAGCUACAAGGAGAGACAAGCAACUGCCUCCAAGACCCAUGAGUAACGAGUCUCUUGUUUCGGAUGUUUCUGGACCAGACCGCAGCUCGGCUAUCAUUGAGACUGCCACAUUGACGCGAAUCAUCGAUGCUCCACCUUCCGCAAAUGCGUCAGCUGUGCCCUCACCGAUUGAAGGUCCACCUACCUCCUUCCUGGCUGUAUCGCCUUCUCAUGGCCCACGUACUUCCUUCUUGACCAGUGCAAUUCAAGAGGUUGAAGGCACCUCCGCCCCUGGCGCCUUCUUGGGUCCACUAUGGGAGCGUGAACGAUCGAGAUCUCCUUUCAGAGAUUCUACCAUCAGCCACAAGACCGCUCGUCCUUACAACCUCGAGCCCGCACUUAUGCCACGACCAUUGACUCCUAGAGGAUAUGAUGAGCACGAAAACUCCUUCGAGCUCGACUCUAGACCCACUACCGCAGAAUCCCAGGAUGUUCUUCAAAACACUGAUCCAGUGUCAUGGCUAGACACGAUAGACGAAUCUGGAUCAUCUGGUUCACCAUCAAACACCACCACAUCUACUCGCUCGCCUUCGUCUUCAGUACAUGAACAUUCGCUGAGACGGGGAGUUCACCGUAGAGACAUAAGUGCUGCUGUCAGUCACGCUAGCUUGGACUUUGAUGCUGCUUUUGAUGCGGCCGUUGAAGCUGCUUAUGAAGAUGGCUAUGAGGUUGAUGAUGACUUCCUCGUACAUCAUGCGCCUCUUCAAGACAACCAGAUGUCGCUCGAGCCAGAUUCAAGUCGACCUUCUGAGUCUUCUUUGGGCCAGUAUCUUACGUUGGACGGUCAGCUCGACGACGACGAGGCCGAAGAGGAACGCAUUCUGGCGGAUAUUACCAAUGAUUAUAUAGAUCACGGUUUCGAUUUUGGCAUUCAAUCCAAGUCUGCCCUGCCGCGGCAGUCCGACUCUAGCACAUACUCCGGCCGUACAUAUCAGAGCUCGCAAGUAUCCAACCGGACGACCGCAGGCACUUCACUGUCAACUGUUGCAGAGAAUGUUGUAUCACGCCACACACCAUCUUCAUCACUAGCAACCGACAUUUCUAAGACAUCCCCUGAGCAGACCAGCGGAGCCCAGCAGACGACCACACCAAGCCGACGAACCACCGGUCCCAACUUCAAACAGCUCAAAAUCGAAACAUCGCGCAAGCCCACUCUGAGAUCACGAGGCUUUACGAAUACUGAGCCCAAGGAGGCAGCAGAUGCUUUAGAUGUAGAAGAUGAAGCGGAUGCGGACCGUCGAAUCUCAGAGGUUCCUAGCUUACGUCGCGUGGAGGCAGCGCUUGCCUCGCCUUAUCACAUGCGGUCUGCCGCUUCAGAUAUGGCAACACCCAUGUCCUUAGACAGCCUGCCCGAAAAUGGAGAUGGCCUCAAUAACAGUUUCCGUUCGCCAAGGCCAAAAUUGUUCCGAGGCAGGAACAAAUCCUCGCUCAGUCUCCGGGAGACAGGAGGCUUCAUUUUGGAAGAAACUGAUACUGCUCCAGCUUCUCCCAUGUCAGCAUUUCCAGGUGGCGGAGAGGUACCACCUUUCCGGAGGUACAUAACACCACCUGGAGGUUCAAUAUCUAUUACACGCACGGAUUCGGCUUCUGGAGGUCAUCAUAUCUUUGAAAGCUUCCUCAAUCCCCCUAAUCAACCGCCGUCUCCUGGGGCAGACGAUUCAUAUUCACCAUCAUCAUUAGAACCUUGUCCAGAGCCGACAUUAUUACGACCUUUCUGGAUGCUCCGCUGCAUCGCUAAUGUCCUCAAUCAACCUCGCGGUGGUUUCCUGACCACCCGGCUUUUCGUUCCUCGCCAGAUAUGGAUGAACCGCAGCGUCAAACUCAAAAGUGUCGAAGACAAGAUUUCCAACUGCGAUCUGUUGACGGCAGCUCUUGGUAAAUUAUCUAAGGUUGAUACAUACGAUGCAGAUGCAGUGCUGGAGGGGCUUCAAGGGUUCGAGGAGGUAAUGGAGCGCGUACAAGCUGUGCUCAUCAAACGACUCGGCAGCGAAGUAGGCGUGCAGGGUGUCAGCGCAAUCUUCAAGGAUGCACCGGUCUCGAUUGAUAGCACUGGCACCACCGCCGAUGCUCGUGAACCGAAGCCGAAUAAAAGCUACCUCAGUUCUUGGCGCAAGCUUCGAGGCAAGAACUCCUCAGGAGGCGUCACAGUUCCUAUAAGCAGCAGUCGCACAGACAAGGAAGUUGCAAACAUGGCUAGCGUGCCCAUGACCAGCUUCGUCUCCAUUGACAAACGUACUGCACACAAGCACACUUCGCCCAAGGAAACGACCUCUUUCGAAGGCCCACACAGGGAAUACAUGAGCAGUGUGUCUCGACUGUGUGAAGCAGCACAGGUCCUCGAUCAAGUUGCACGUCAAGUGGAAGAUCCUGGCCUCAAGCACUCUUCACCGACACACAUCGGUCUGGAACUCAGUACCCGUCAUGCUGCAGAGUUCUUCGGUUUUUACAUCUGCAGGUUCGUCCUUGGCGAUGUGACUCUGCUAAUGGACAAGUACGUCAAGAGGAGUACCGAGUGGGUCAUUGCAUGA